ACACACAGACCAUUCACAGCCACGUUUUUGCCACUCUCUCUUUCACGCUCUCUCUUUCUCUCCAUCAAUCUUUCUGUAAUAUAUAUUAUAUUAUUUCACUCAAACCGUUAGUCGGGAAAACAAGUAGCCUAUAUCAUCUUUGUCUGUGUAUAUUCUGGAGGACCUGUGAGAAGUUCCAUUACUGCUGAAAAGAUUCUUUACUAAAGUGCCAGAAAGUUUGAGGAGUUGAGCUUGAAUACAGUCUGUAGAGGAUUGUGUCUUCUAUAGACCAUCAUGGAACUACAGAAAAUGGCAAACGGUCACCAUGAUCUCAGUCCUGACAAAAUCACACUGGAGAAUGGAUUUGAUGGCCUUGAAAACAUAACAGAAGUCGAUACAUUCCUUCCCAAUAAGAGCAAUGGGAAGAUAGAGACAAAGUUUACAGACUUUGAGGGGAAAACUUCAUUUGGAAUGUCUAUUUUCAACCUCAGUAAUGCCAUAAUGGGCAGUGGGAUUCUGGGACUGGCUUAUGCCAUGGCCAACACUGGCAUUAUCCUUUUUAUAAUACUGUUGAUAAGUAUCGCUCUUCUUUCUGCGUACUCUAUACACCUUCUUCUGAGGAGCGCAGGAGUGGUUGGAAUUCGUGCAUACGAACAACUUGGGAACCGAGCAUUUGGUCCACCUGGGAAAGUCGUAGCCGCGUGUAUCAUAACAUUGCACAACAUUGGAGCAAUGUCCAGUUAUCUCUUCAUUGUGAAGACUGAGUUACCCAAUAUUAUUCUGGGUCUUAUGAAGUUGCCAGAUGACUCGCAUGAGUGGUUUGUUAAUGGAAAAUACCUCAUCAUUAUCGUUAGCAUCUUUAUCAUUUUUCCACUGGCAUUACUGAAACGACUCGGGUAUUUAGGUUACACCAGUGGCUUCUCCCUCACCUGUAUGGUGUUCUUCCUCACAUCUGUCAUCUACAAAAAGUUCGUCACAGAGUGUAAUGGAGAAUACAGCUAUAACAGCACUCUGCUCAACCAUACCGUACACUACACCUCUGAUACAUGUGAAGCCAAACUCGGCACUCUCAACUCAAAGGUGAGGCAUCUUACGUCAGCUACAAAUGUGCUUGACUUUAACCGCUGGGAUUUCAUUGAUUUUCUGGUUUUGUUGCAGACUGCUUUUACCAUUCCUAUUAUAGCGUUUGCUUUUGUGUGUCACCCGGAAGUGCUGCCCAUCUACACAGAACUCAAACAGCCAAACAAGAAACGCAUGCAGAAAGUUGCUAAUAUCUCCAUUACAGCCAUGUUUGUUAUGUACCUGCUGACUGCCAUCUUUGGAUACCUCACCUUCUAUGAAAACGUGGAGUCAGAACUUUUGGAGAUGUACGACAAAGCAGACACCCUGAUGCUCUGUGUUCGGCUGGCUGUUCUGGUGGCAGUAACACUGACCGUUCCUGUCGUCCUGUUUCCGAUACGCCGUGCUGUCCUUCAGCUUCUGUUCCCUGAUAAGCCCUUUCACUGGGUGCUUCACAUCUCCAUCACCGUGUGUCUGCUUUUUGCUGUCAACCUGCUCGUCAUCUUCGUGGAGAACAUUCGCGACAUUUUCGGCUUCAUUGGUGCCACGUCGGCUCCCAGCCUCAUAUUCAUUCUGCCGGGAGUAUUCUACCUUCGCAUCGUCCCUGAAGAACAGGAGCCUUUGAAAUCACGGCCAAAGAUUCAGGCCAUUUUGUUUGUGGCGAUGGGUUUUAUCUUCAUGAUAAUGAGCAUCACCUUCAUCAUAGUGGAGUGGGUGACUGGACAGAAGGGCAUGAGUGGUCACUGACAGAACCGGGUGACACAAUAGCAUAUGAAGGCCAAAUUCUAAUACAGAAUAUACACCUGUAACCUCUUCAUAAUUUCAGCAAACAUGAACAAUAUUUGUCCAGGCUGUGGCACAGCAGGAGUAUAUGCCCACAACACAUAAGAGCUGUGUUGCUCCUCAAGGGAUUAAGGAUCUAGAUCCGUUUCUCUGUCUCUCUCCCAAAACAUUCAUAGGACAAAAAGAUGCAAAGGAAGUCUAUAUGCAAAGUACAAAAUAAAGCCAAUUGAGGGAUAUUUUAGGGUUUGAUCACACUGCCGCAACAAGCACCAGCUUGUUUAUUUGUGUGUUAAUCCUGUUGUCAUGUGAUGAGGCUUGCAUACAAUAGCCUUUUGCAUAUGAUGCAGGUUUACGUCUGGCGAGUGUCAUGAUCCCGUCCCAUACUAUAGCCGACCUCAAUGAACAUCUCUUACUUCUUUGCUGCGAUUCUUAAUAAAAACCACAUGUGUAGAAUAAAGGAAUUUAAACUGUUAAAAAUGACAGUUGAAGUAACCGUUACACAGAAUGAAGUAGUUUUGAGACUUUCCAAAACUGCACAACACUGAAGAACAGGCAUGAAACUAUGAUGAGAAUUCUAUAUUGAAUUUGCAAAAAAUCGUUUGUCUACCUCCCAGUAAAUUUUAAGUGACAGCAUCAUUUUUCACAUUGCAUGGGAAUAAAUCAUUAUUUUAUUUAUAUGGGAAAGUUGUACAGUUUUAUGAUGAAUUUCUGUUUCGAGGACAGAAUAUUUAAAUGUAAAAAACAAACCUAUUGUAGAUGUUUGUAUUAAUACAUGUUACACUUGUCAAAAAUUAAAUGUACAGAGUCUUAUGGUAGACACCAGCAGUGUUGAACACAACUCUUGUUAUGUAUUGUGGCACUGCCAAAUGACAACAUUUCUGUAACUUCUGUUUCAUUAUUCAAACAUAAUCUUGCUAUUAUUGAGAGGUGGAGGAAUAUAACAUACCAGUUCUCUAGUAUUUAAAAAAAACAAAACCUUGGUUAUUGGUUUUUAUGUGCCAUUUUGUUAGUUGUAUAUUUGGAAACAUCUUUUUAUUUGUCCAAAUAUAAAAAAAAAUUGAUGUAUCGGUGGUUUACAUGAUGUAAUUUUUUAUUUUAUUUUAAUGGCUAAAAAUGCUAUUCAAGAACAGAACACGUCAUAUGAAGGUCACUACAAAAUUGCAUGGCAUUUAUAUAAGUGUUUAUGAGCAUUACGGCCCAGCGCGAGACUUACACCUUCUCCCCCGGAUUUUCAAGGAACCGCGGCGCUUUCGAGGCGCUGUCUCGGGGCGAACCCAUUCCAGGGCGCCCUGCUCUUCACUUAGAAGAGAGAACUCUUCCCGGCGCCCCUGCCGGUUUCGUUUGCGUUACCGCACUGGACGCCUCGCGGCGCCCGUCUCCGCCACGCCCCGAACCCGACUCCCUUUCGAUGGGAGGUCAUCGCCCCGCACUUCCGAACGGCGUUCGCCCUUAGGACCGACUGACCCAUGUUCAACUGCUGUUCACAUGGAACCCUUCUCCACUUCGGCCUUCAAAGCUCUCGUUUGAUAAAAUAAACAGUCUUGUCUCUCCACAUCAGUAUCUGCUAGUUUUUAUGUGGCAGGACUCGAAAAUGGUUCCUACAUUGAAAUGUUGAGGCAUGUGCUUGUUUUGUAUAGCAAUUCAUACAGUAAUGUUGUACAACUUUGUCAUUAUGAGGCGAUUUCCCGGACAAGGAUGGAGACUAGUCCUAGACUAAAAUAAAUGUUUGAAUAAAUGCUGUCUAAAUCUAAAGCAACUUGCACUGACAUAUCUUUAUUAAAGCUUCUGCUAAAUGUAAAUGUAAAUAUUUAGUUUGACGUCAUAGAUCUGUUGCGUGUUAGCCUUUAUAUUCUGGAAACCGCCCUAAAUGUAUGUAUUAUACAAUUUAUAACUGUUCCCAUUGGACCUGAGAAUGCUGAGGAGAAAAUGAAGUAUAAUUACUAUGGAGGCAAAAACUUAUGGGAAAUUUCACAUUUCUCCACGAUAAAGUGCCUGGGGUUGAAAGAAAAAAAUGGAUUCCAUCUGGAUUAAUCUUCGGAUAUAUAUUUUCUUUUAGACAACACACUGUUCUCUGUAUUUUACCUAAUAAAGGCUG